CGGGGCGCCCAGCGCGGGGCCGGGAGCGCGAUGGUCAGCCGCCGCGGCGCGGCAAGAUGCUGGAUGGGCCCCUGCUGGCGCGCUGGCUGGCCGCGGCCUUCGCGCUGACGCUGCUGCUCGCCGCGCUGCGCCCCUCGGCCGCCUACUUCGGGCUGACGGGCAGUGAGCCCCUGACCAUCCUCCCGCUGACCCUGGAGCCGGAAGCAGCUGCCCAGGCACACUACAAGGCCUGCGACCGGCUGAAGCUGGAGCGCAAGCAGCGGCGCAUGUGCCGCCGGGACCCCGGUGUGGCUGAGACGCUGGUGGAAGCGGUCAGCAUGAGUGCUCUCGAGUGCCAGUACCAGUUCCGGUUUGAGCGCUGGAACUGUACGUUGGAGGGUCGCUACCGGGCCAGUCUGCUCAAGCGAGGCUUCAAGGAGACAGCCUUCCUUUACGCCAUCUCCUCUGCUGGCCUGACGCAUGCACUGGCCAAGGCGUGCAGUGCAGGCCGCAUGGAGCGCUGCACUUGUGAUGAGGCCCCUGACUUGGAGAACCGAGAGGCCUGGCAGUGGGGUGGCUGCGGGGACAAUCUCAAGUACAGCAGCAAGUUCGUCAAGGAGUUCCUGGGUCGGCGGUCUAGCAAGGAUCUGCGAGCCCGUGUGGAUUUCCACAACAACCUCGUGGGUGUGAAGGUGAUCAAGGCUGGGGUGGAGACCACAUGCAAGUGCCACGGCGUGUCAGGCUCGUGCACCGUGCGGACGUGCUGGCGGCAGCUGGCGCCUUUCCAUGAGGUGGGCAAGCGCCUGAAGCACAAGUACGAGACAGCGCUCAAGGUGGGCAGCACCACCAAUGAGGCCACUGGCGAGGCCGGCGCCAUCUCACCACCGCGGGGCCGGGCCACAGGGACGGGUGGUGGCGACCCACUGCCCCGCACUCCGGAGCUGGUGCACCUGGACGACUCACCCAGCUUCUGCCUGGCCGGCCGCUUCUCCCCAGGCACUGCCGGCCGCAGGUGCCACCGUGAGAAGAACUGCGAGAGUAUCUGCUGCGGGCGUGGUCACAACACACAGAGUCGGGUGGUGACCCGGCCUUGCCAGUGCCAGGUGCGCUGGUGCUGCUAUGUGGAGUGCAGGCAGUGCACCCAGCGCGAGGAAGUCUACACCUGCAAGGGCUGAGCCCCUGUGCCUGGCCAGGCUGCUGCAGGGGUGCAGGCAGUGUGUGCAAUGUGAGGGGUCUAGACCUGCAGGGGCUGAGUCCUUCACCCGGGCGCCCCCAGUAUACUUGGUUACAAGGCAGGGGCAGAGGCCAGGGAGUUGGCUGGGUUGGCCAUCUCUGCCCUUUUAUCUCCCCAUCUCAAAGGCCUAGUCUGACCUCUGUAUCCCCUCUGUUUGUCCCUCCCCAUGACCUGAGAGCUUUGCACAGAUGCUUUCCAAGCUGUGUCCCCCUGAGUCACCAGGUGGCCCUCCUGCGCUGGGUGCCCUCUGAGGAGCAGUGGGCACACCUUCGUGACCACACGGCCUCUGUGUGAGCUGCCUGUGGCCUGUCCUGCACCAGCACUGGCUUAGAGUCAAACCACUAGGGUAGAGAGCAGAUGCCUGGCUGCCCAGGUGCGGGGGUUCUACUGCCGGCCCCCUCUGACAUCGAGUACUUCUCUUUGGAGUGAUAUCAGUGACUUUUAAGUUAUUUUUAUUUAACUAAUAUAUAAUUAUUAUUUUCUCCAUCCCUGCAGUCUCCUAGGCUGUGGCUCCUCCCCCUCUCAGCAGAGCCUCGCCUGGAGGGGCCCCUUUCUCCCUCCCCUCCACGCCCCCUCCUAAACUGUUCGCCUGAUCUGCUUUGUCGUUUGAAACCACUAAAUCCAGAGAGACAUGCUGUCGUUGUUUUUGAAGAAGUAAAGCAGGCUGUGUCUGGCCACCACCCUCAGGGUUUCUGGAAGCCAGGUCCCAUGGUCCAGGCCGGCUACCCAUAGCAAGGCUGACCUGGGAAGUGGACGGGCCCUGCUCUGCACCCUGUGGGCACGUGGCUCCACACUCUAGCCUCCUCAAUGCAGAUUCUGGGGCUGAGGGUGGCAGAAGGUGGCCUGUUCUCCCCCAGAGGUGGGCAUGGGCAGAGGGGCAGGGCCAGCCCCUUGGAGGUUCAUUUCAUGAGGAAGGCACAGCUUGCUCUCUGUCACUGUGGGGGAGGCAGGGCGGGGACAGACAUGGGUGGAGAGAGUCUAGGUUAGGAUGUGGCAAAUGGAAGGCCGUUCUCCUUGGCCAUGCUGUUGAUUUUGCAGGGAAGGGAAAAGGAUGGCCAGCGCUGACCUGAUUUGGUUUGAGGGUGUGUGCACACAUGUGUGCAUGUGUGUAUGCAUGCGUGAGUGUGUGGUGUGUGUGCAUGAGCAUGUUUGAUUGUGUGCAUGCAUGAGUGUACAUGUGUGUGAGUAUGUGAUGUGUGUAUGCAUAAGUGCAUGUGCGUGAGCACGUAUAUUAUCUGCAUGUGGUGUGUGUUCACGCAUGAGAAUGAGCACAUCUGCGCAUGGGUGUGCAUGUACGUACACGGAUGCAUGUAUGCGUGUGACCAUGUGCACAUGUUUGUGCAUGUGUGGUGUCUGCUUUGCGUGUGCAUGUGUGAGCAUACGUGUGUGCGUGCACACAUGUGCGUAAGCAUGUCUGCAUGUGUGUGGUGUGUGUGAUCAUGCACACUGUGUUGGGUUGUGGUCAGUGGUUGGUUGGGGUGUGGCCUCUGCCCUGUGCCCUUCCUAAGUGUGGAGCUCUACUUCCCAUGUUGGUGGGGCCUCCAGCCCUGGGCCCAUCCUGCUCAGCUCUAUGACUGUGCCCCGAGGGUGUGCACUGGGGUUUGGGCAAGCGCAGAGCUGGGUGGCAGCGUGGACACGGGAACUACUGAGUGAAGGGAUUCCUCGGAGUCCAGGGGGGCUUCAGGAACCCUGGGGACUGUGUUUUUAAAAGAAAACCUAUUUAUGUGGAUGUGGGUCUCUUUGUCCCUGUUUUAUAGUGUAAAUAGUAAAGUUUAUUCUCCUGUGGUUCAGAGAACAGCCCCAUGAAUAAGUGCAUGCUGACAGAGUGGUGCAGCCAAGGCACGUCCCCUGGGAGGGGACAGUGGACGAUGUGGGUCUGCCCCUCAGUCUCCUUCACGCCUGGCUGGAGAGGGUGAGGAUAGGCUGGGGUGCAUCCCAGUUGUCCCCAAGCAUUCCCACCUGCACGCAGACCUGGCCAUGCUUCUAUGACAAGACUGUAGCUCGGUCACUACUGGGUCUGGAAAGGCGGCAAGUCAGAGGAAGGAUUUUUUUUAAUCAAAUACCACAUUUAGCUCUAUGUCAUAAAUAUUAAGAAAAGUAUUUUUUUAAACAAGGCAGAUUGAAAGCGUCUGCUGGCUGGUUUGUUUAUACAUAAAUAUAUAUCAAAAUGUCUUGCUAAGCAAAGAAACAACUCCCGCUGACGGAGCCUCUCAUUAACAUGCUUCUCUCUGUGCAGCAGAGGAUCUCUAAAAGGAAACAUGUUCUGUGGCGGGGUCCAGAUCCCCCGACCCCCCCAGGGCCGCAGGGGCAGAGCCAUGCUGAGGGCCAGGCGGGUCCCGGCCACCUGCUCUCUUCUCAGCAUGCACAGACGUGACUCCGAGCUUGGUUAGGCCAGGUCCAGGCGGGCGGGAGGAGAGGGGCAUUCACACACGAGAGAAGUCUUGUGUGAGCCUGUUGAUUUCUCUACCUCAUCUGUAUAGCGAGUAGGUGUGUACUCGAGUGACUUGGAGAAUGUAUUUAUUUAAUGGCCUUGUGUAACAGAACAGAAACAAAUGGAAACACUAAAUAAAUGUAUUUUUAAAUUA